UAUUGAGUUACAUGGAAUUUAGUUGAUUCUAAUUGAAAGUAUAUCCUUUUUUUCAUUAAUUUACUUUCCAUAAAGUUACCCCUGAAUAGUUAGCAACAUUGCGAAUGCAAUUAUUUCACCAGCUUGCGUGACCCAGCCAGCCACCAUCCAACACCCAUUCAAAUUCAGUCGUUAAUUUAUAAACGACAAGACGCUUGAUAAGGUCUCUCUAGUAAUGAUAUCCUUAAUUUCAUUUUCUCCUAUAUUAGUCACAACUAACCAGUGGCCGCGACAUACAAUUCACUCAUAAAACCUCCAAGUGAUCUCCGCCAAAAAAAAAAAAAACACUAGAUGGGUUCCUCAGAAAAUGAUAUUCACCAACCUCUGCUUCAAUCGUAUCCUCCAUCUUUGUCACCCCAACUAUCAGACACAAAACAUGAAUCGGACGGCCAGCUUGAGGCCAUAUUAUCUAACGGUGAGCUCCCAUUCUUGCAGCGCCUGCAACAGGCAACACGGAUUGAAUUGAAGCUACUGUUCCAUCUCGCUGCACCUGCAGUUAUUGUUUACAUGAUAAACUAUGUCAUGUCUAUGUCUACCCAAAUCUUCUCUGGUCAUCUAGGAAAUCUAGAGCUUGCUGCAGCCUCCCUUGGAAAUACCGGCAUCCAAGUCUUUGCCUAUGGUCUAAUGUUGGGAAUGGGAAGUGCUGUGGAGACGUUGUGCGGACAAGCAUAUGGUGCCCGCAAAUAUGAAAUGCUUGGCAUAUAUCUGCAAAGAUCAACAAUCCUUCUCACACUCACUGGGAUAUUACUCUCCUUCAUCUACAUCUUCUCUAAACCCAUAUUGAUCUUACUCGGUGAAUCACCAGAAAUAGCUUCAGCAGCGGCAGUUUUUGUCUAUGGUUUGAUACCCCAAAUUUUUGCCUAUUCUCUAAACUUCCCUAUCCAAAAAUUUUUACAAGCUCAAAGCAUAGUGGCCCCGAGUGCAUACAUUUCAACAGCCACAUUGGUUAUACAUCUUUUGCUUAGUUGGGUUGCAGUGUACAAGAUUGGGCUUGGGUUGUUGGGUGCAUCAUUAAUGUUGAGUUUUUCAUGGUGGAUUAUAGUUGUGGCUCAGUUUAUAUACAUUCUUAAGAGUGAGAAGUGUAAGUAUACAUGGGAGGGGUUCAAUAUACAAGCCUUUUCAGGGUUGCCAAGCUUCUUCAAGCUCUCGGCUGCGUCAGCUGUGAUGUUGUGCUUAGAGACGUGGUAUUUCCAGAUCCUUGUUUUGCUGGCUGGGUUGCUAGAGAACCCUGAGUUGGCUUUGGAUUCACUCUCCAUUUGUAUGACGGUAUCUGGAUGGGUGUUCAUGAUCUCAGUCGGGCUCAAUGCAGCAGCAAGUGUGAGAGUAAGCAAUGAGCUGGGAGCCGGAAACCCAAAGUCAGCAUCAUUUUCUGUAUUAGUUGUGACAAUAAUCUCCUUCAUUAUCUCGGUGAUUGCGGCGAUACUAGUGCUAGCAUUGCGUGAUGUUAUCAGCUAUGCCUUCACAGAAGGUGAAGCCGUAGCUGCAGCUGUCUCGGAUCUCUGUCCACUUCUUGCCCUCACCCUUACUCUUAAUGGAAUUCAACCUGUGCUGUCCGGUGUGGCUGUUGGGUGUGGAUGGCAAGCUUUUGUUGCAUAUGUUAACGUGGGAUGUUAUUACGUGGUUGGUAUCCCACUUGGUGCACUUCUAGGUUUCUAUUUCAACCUUGGUGCCAAGGGGAUAUGGUCAGGGAUGAUUGGGGGCACGGUAAUACAAACAUUCAUUUUGAUGUGGGUCACAUUUCGGACAGACUGGAAUGAAGAGGUCGAAGAAGCUAUGAAGAGAUUGAAUAGAUGGGAGAACAAGAAAGAAGCCCUUUUGAAGUGACUAAAGUCAAAGGCCUUUGAUUGACCGAGAAAAAAAAAAAAAA